GCAUACUGUGUACCGGAUCGCCGGCACUCGUCAGCCAAACACUUCAAUCUCUAGUGGAAAUUUGCGUCAAAUGUGUUUGAAAAUUGUUUAUAUGUUGUUUCAUUGAUGAAAUAUUUCAAUAAUGUUUUGGUGAGAAUCUCGAGAUUUUCUGAAUUCAAGAACUCCUUAUGAAGUACUACUUGAAAGCAUCAACUAACGAUAAAAGGCGUUCCUGAUACAAAUGUGUGAUGACUAAGCGAUUUUAAAAAUCGCCGACUGUUGCUGUUGGCCUCGAAUCGCCACCUUUCCACUGUAAAUAGGAUUUUAAAUUGUUAAAUGGCAUCAGACUACAAGUCGUCUCUUGAGGGUCUUGAAGGUUUGAUGAAUGAAUUUUUUGCUACGACAAACAAUGAUCGCAAAAGGGAAAUAGAACAUGCACUAAACAGUUUCAUGCAACAAAAUGAAUCAUGGCGAUUUUGCAAUUACUUCUUGAACAACACAAAAAACCAUUAUGUCUUGAUGUAUUCAUUAUCAGUCUUUGAACAUCUGGUUAACAAGAGAUGGCCAGGAGUUGCUCAAACGGACAAGCUUGAAGUUCGCCAUCUAUUGUCGAUGUAUUUAAUGAACAACCAUCAAAAUUUGCCAAUUUUUAUGAAGAAUAAAAUUAUUAAGGUCAUUGUUGAUGUUGGACGGCAGGAUUGGCCUCAUUUUUACCCAGAUUUCUUCUCAAAUAUACUAGAGGUCCUUCAUCAACCCUCCACGACAAGUCUCGGCUUGAUAAUGUUACGAAUCACUUCGGAGGAGCUCGUCUCGCCAUCGGAAGAUUUGAGCGUACAACGAAAGGAAGAACUACAUAAACUGUUACUACACCAAGUACCGACUCUCCUGGGGAUGCUUGGCACAUUUCUAGAGAAUAUUUUGGAAAAACACAGACGUGUCGUUAGCACUGCUACACCACCUCCUUCGCCAACUCAUGGCGAGUCAUCUCAGGCACAGAAUAUAUCACCUUUAUGCAAAGGAAACUUUGAUCUGUUCUCUUUAUCCCCUCCACAUGGGAACAAUAGCCGACAGUCACCGCUGAUUAAUCGCUUGCUCAAUCAUGUUAGUGAAACUGGUCUCAACAAUCCCCUUCCCCCCCUUGAUCCGGAGUCUGAAGAACUUAGUUCCCUGGCCCUUGCAUGUCUAGCGCAUCUUUUCAGUUGGAUACCUCUCUCUGCUCACAUAACCCCACCGCUUCUCGCAACCGUUUUUUGUUUUGCCGAGUUCGGUUGUGAUGUGCUGGCUUCAAAUUCUAGCGUGACCACUGCUGGGUCGAGCACACGCUUAGGUGUUUUAGCGAUGGAUUGUGUGAACGAAAUACUGUCUAAGAACUGCGUACCUGUGGAAUUCGAGGAGUUUUUAUUAAGACUCUUUCAACAAACGUUUCAUCUUCUACAACGCAUUACAAAGGACAGCUUACAUCAAUCUGCAGGGAAUAAGUUAAUGGAGUUAGAUAUGAGCUACGUAGAAAAGUUUACGGAAUUUUUACGGCUCUUCGUCAGCGUUCACCUACGAAGAGUUGAAGCGAACCAUAAUUUUCCAGUUAUUGAUUUUAUGUCAAUGAUUUUAGGAUACACAACGAAACAGUCCGAUAAUGAGGUCUUUUUCUCUUGUCUUGAUAUUUGGAUGAUCUUUCUUGAUUACUUAAGUUCAAGAAACUUAGAUACAAAAGAGUCAACUUCGACGGAAACAAAUCCAGCCGUCACAAGAUAUCGCGAAAUCUUAUUACUGUUACUGACGGAAAUUUUGAAGAAAAUUCAGUUCACUUACAAUCAAAGUGAACUUGAAGAACUAGACAACGAAGAGCUUAAUGAAGAUUCGGAAACCGAGUGGCAACGAUUUCUACGUCAUACUCUUGAAGUUGUGGCGAAGGUUGCCGAACUUCUACCGAAUGAUGCUUUCUCUAUAUUGUUUCCGUUGUUCGUCGAGUAUUCGGAAUUGUUCGUUGGCCUUCGGAGUCACAUUGUGAAAACGCCCCAAGGGUAUCACUUGAACGUAAAAGAGGAAGGUGAAUGCAGGCGCAUUCAUUGUGCGUCACGUGAUCUUGCAACCGUCCAAAGGAUAUUUGGUCGUCUAGCGGGACAUUUUACUGGAGAAACUCACUUCGCGUCGCGAUUCGAAGACGGUCUGUCGGUUGUCAAGAGAGUUCGAGAUUUGGCGUUAUUUAAUACGGAAAUGAAGAUAUUUUGCUUGAAAAACGACGCUGCGCUCGUUUUAGCUACGGAUUUUAGAGAAGUUGCUGCAGAAACACUUGCUUGUCUUCAAGUGUGCUGUCACUGGAUCUCACAACUUCAUCUUCAUUCUCAAGCCUUUAAACAAUACGAAACUGAGUUUAUGUCAAUCGUGUCUAGUUGCGUGGACGCUUCGAUACCAUUACUAAACGAAGAGGUUCCAGCACGCGUCAUGCUUCCCGCGUCUCAUUUUCUGGUUUCCUUGACGACUACUGUUCGCCCAUCAUUUUUUGUCGCUUUAGAAAAGGUGCAACAACUUUUUCACGAUGUGACUGCCGGUAAACUCAGAAGAACACCCUUAGAGAUCGAGACGUUGAUUUUUCGAGCUUUGUCUAAUUCUCUUGUGCUACCUUGGCCAAAUCAAGCGGACGAUAAACAGGAUUGGCCAUCUCGCAGCAACAAUCACGACAAUUUGAUAAAGGCUCUGACGAUUAACUACCAAGAAAUGGCUGCUUAUAGAAAUACUGACAGCAAACGUUUUCAUCCUGAAGCCAAAAGUUUCAUUAGAAGGACGCUGAGUAUCCUCACAGACUUGGUGGAAGCCGUUUCAGGCGAAGGAACUAAACCCAAAACAAUUGUUUAUAAAUCAAUUCAAGAAUCCCUUCAUACAAGUCUUGCGCUUUUUCCUGUUUACAUCCACGAGCCCGGCGUCGUGGACGACAUUAUCGGCUUUUUUCUCGCUGUAUUCGGUGCUCUGCAACCGCAACUAGGCGUGGCUUAUACAGAACAAAUCAUCCAUAGACUGCUUGGUAUGUUCACCCAACAACAGUUAGAGGAGACAAUUGCACAAGAAAUGUCCGCUGGCUCAAGAGUUUUAGAGAAGUUACGCAUUUUAAGACUUUUGGCUCAACAAACUGGAUCGUCGUUCAAGACGCUCCUGCCAAAUAUCAUCAAUUUUUGUUUGGAUCAAAUAUAUCCUCUAAUAGCAGAGCGUCCUGCUCCCGACAUCAAAACAGAAUUUUUCGAGUUGCUACAUCAAGUACUUCUCAACAACUGGAGGUAUUUCUUUCGUCCUAACGUCCAAACACGUCUAACCCAUGGAGACGAUGGAACCUGCGAGAAUCAAGGACAAUUUGUAAAGAUGAUGGAGGCGUUUGGUCAGACAUUUACUCAAGAGGAUAUCACUGUAUUCAAGCAAAAUCUGCAAAGUUUAGAAGAUUUAAAUUUGAAACGUAAACUUUAUCAAAAGCCAAUAUUCAGCGAUGGAAUGCUAUUUCAUUUUUUGAAUGUUUUGCUUCAAGUCUUGGUCCGUCGUUCGCACGAUUUACUACAAGAAGAAAUCGCGAUAGCUUUAUAUAACAUGGCAUCCGCGGAUUUUGACAAAUUUUAUCUUAGUUUUCUUCCUGAAUUCUUGAAAGGAUGUGAUGGUCUUUAUGCUGAACAAAAGUCUGAGCUGUCGAAGUCUUUCAAAAUGGAUAAGGAUUUACCUUCGUUUACUCGUGGAAUUCAUCGGUUUGUCAGCGACGUUCGAUACUAUAGACUAUACAACAGUAGUUUGCCUUCAGGAACCGUCACGUUUUAGAAAAUACCCAGCUAAAGAUUGUGAAUAAAAAUGAAUAUGUUAACAUACAUUUUAUUUAUAUAGUUGUAUAUGAAUUAUUUGUUGCAAUUAAAUGAAAUUAAAGUUCUUUUAUUCCCGGGUUAAGGGGUUUGUGAUUAA